GGAACAUAAUAUGCAGACCCUUAUAUUCUUUGCUACAGUCUGUAUUUUUCCUGUACCCUUCAAACAUGCCUCAUUGAGUUUUUAAAAGAUUCCGCUUGGAAGAAGAAAAACCUCAAGCCUCGCCCCGGGUCUUCCUUGACUUGACACAUUUUAUAACCGCAAGAGAGCAGUUUUUCCUUUGAUGAGGCUAAGACCCCAGAAAUGAAAGAGCAAGUGUAAGUUUGCAAACACUCUAAAAGCUCCUUCCAUUAGACCUGGUCGCGGGAAACCACAAAGCACAGUCAAGUGAUUUUCAAGGAGAAAGCCUCUGGUCCACUUUCCUUCCGCCGCCAGGAGGUCUGCAGGUUCCUGGGAGGAGCUCUUCUCAAAUCCUGAGGAUUGCUAGGCUCUUGGCGAACGACUCAUCUCUUGAAGACCUAGAGUGGUGGAUUACAGGCAUUGAAAAGCUUUUGGUGGCUUUGGAAGAUGACUCUGGUGUGAGCUCACCUUACCAGGCUGGGGGACGAGGCAGAGGAACCCCCUUUGUUAUCUUUUGAAAGAAGAUCAGCGGGGAAGACGGGGUUUGCAGUGUGGAUUAGGAGGUCCUACGUCUUUGCCUACCACCUCUGCUAAAUCUUCAUAAAAAGAUCGAGGAGUUCAAUGAACUUCAGAAAUCAUGCACCGCUUCCUUGAAGCCUGUCCAGAAACCUAACCUCUGGACCCAGAAACUUCUCCAAAGACAGACCCGCUGAGCCAGGCAGUCUGCACCAGCACCUCUGCUUCUAAGAUUCUGUUUCGUCUUCUUCUAUUGAGAGAGUGACCUCUUGGGUGAUUUGUGUGCUUUCCGGCAAAUGAUGGAGACGCGUAAACCGGCGGGACUGCUGGCCUGGCCAUACUCGCUGCGCGCUGCGCCCCUGGGCGUGCCGGGGACCCUGGCCGGACUCCCGCGGAGGGAACCCCUAAGGGUCGCCCUGCGUCUGGACGCAGCGUGCUGGGAGUGGGCGCGCAGCGGCUGCGCACGGAAACGGCAGUACCUGCCCCUGCCGCUGGACGGCGCGUUCGAGCCCGCCUGCCUCCGCAGGCGCAACGAGCGCGAACGGCAGCGGGUGCGCUGCGUAAACGAGGGCUAUGCGCGCCUCCGAGACCACCUGCCCCGGGAGCUGGCUGACAAGCGCCUCAGCAAAGUGGAGACGCUCCGCGCCGCCAUCGGCUACAUCAAGCACCUGCAGGAGCUGCUGGAGCGCCAGGCCCGGGGUCCCGAGGGCGCUGCCGGCGCCGUCCCCCAGCUCAGGGCGGAAUGCAACAGCGACGGGGAGUCCAAGGCCUCCUCGGCGCCUUCGCCCAGCAGCGAGCCCGAGGAGGGGGGCAGCUAGCGAGCGCCCGGGCCGGCCAGGACCCCUGCGCCCGCCGCAUAGCGCGCAGCCGGGCGCUCAGCCUAAGGUCCUUUUCGAAAGUGGUUUGCGUUCUUAAUCUGGUAUCUUCUCCAGGCCUAAAUCUUAGGAAAAAGAAAUGGGUACUGGGGUUUGGGGGAUGGAGGAGGUGUUUUUACCUUUGGGGAUUUCUCCCCUGCCCUUAUUGGUUACGUGCCUGCAACUUAUAGGUGCUUAUUAAGAAGACCCUUUACCUAUACUUCUAAAAUGCAAACUGUUUCGGAUUCUGAGCGCCUCAUUGUAAAUACGAUUAUUCUAAAAACUCAAAGGGCGAGAACAACUGGAAUUUCCCACCUUCCGUGGUGUGAGUAAAUUGUAUACAUAAAUAUUAAACCUUAACCAAAGAAGAACUUUACUGCCACCAAAACAGAAACAACCCCAAACAGCCAAAAACAGCCCUUAAAAAUGAGAGGAACAUUUUCUUGCAUUCUUUCCUUUGGAAAUUGUAUUCGAAAUGUAAUUGAAAACAAUUGUUGACCUCCUGCUUUGGGUGAAGGAGACCGUAAGCUGCUACUUGAGAACGAAUUUGCCAGCAUGUGCUGUUGACUGUGUGAAUGAUGGUGCCAGGGAAGCCAUGGCUUGGUACACACUGUUUCAUCCCGUGGCCACGUGGAAGUUUCGUAGCAUUGAGCAGAUAGUAAAAUAUCUUAGAAGUAAUGAUCUCUUUGGAAGAGAGCCCAGGUUUGUAUGAAAACUUGUUUUUCCUCUCAAUUGUUUUGUUCACUGUUUUCUUCAUUUUCCUUUUCUCUGCAUUCCGCACCGCCCCCCCGCCCGCCGACCUAUAGCUCUCCAUCUAAGUUUUGGAUAAACUAAAGUGGCACUGUGACUUUAAAAAUAAAAAAGAGAUCUACUUGGAAGUCCUUUUUGAGGGUUGAGCCGGAUGGGGGAAAGA